GGGCUCUCUACAUAGAUAUCUCCAUCUCAGCUUCCUGUGCAUCGCAAAGCACAACAACUUCCGCUGCUGCACUCCAUAGCAUCAUUUCUGCAACGACUGAAUUCAUUUCGCCUUACUUCUCUCCCCACCAUCAUCGAAAAUGUUCGUCCAAAAGGUUGCCAUUGUUGCCAUGUCGGCGUUGACCGUUGUCUCCGCUGGCAACUCGACCUUCACCAUUGAUCCCAACUCGGUUACUCUCAGCCUCAGAGCUUCGUGGUGCACAUCUGAGAGAAAUGCCUGUACUCAGAUCUGCGGUAACGCUCCUGAUAACGACUGUGAUGUCAACACUCUAUCCUACAGCUGUACUUGCGACGACGGCACCAGCCCCGAUAUGAACGAGUACGCAAACUCGCUGCCCUUCUACAUUUGCCAGCAAGCUUUCACCAACUGCAUCGCCGCCAAUGUUGGCAGCGCAACUGGCCAGGCCAACUGCACAACCAGCAUUCAAGACAACUGUGGUACCAAGAACGCUUCCAGCGCUGCUACCACCACAUCCUCGGCCGCCUCCACCAGCAGCACCGGCACUGCCACUGGUACCGCCGCUACCAACAGCGGAUCCGCCACUUCGACCUCGUCUUCCGCCGGCGGUUCCAUGCCCACCGGCAUUCAGCACCUUAGCAACGGUGCCAUUGCCGUCGCUGGCCUGCUUGCCUUUGCCUUGUAGUAGAGGAGACGGUUUAGGCUUGGUGGAAAGAACAAACAUACCCCUGGCGAGCAAGAGAUUACCCGCACGACCUGACCAAGAGUUCCAUGCCCAUGGUUGCAACAGAGCUGCAAUGGUCAUCUGCGACUAUUCUAUACCGUCUUCAUGUAGUACAUGGGACAAACUAAUGCAACGAGGAGAUGAUAUCC